AUCUACACAAUGAAGUUAACUUUGUGUCCAGACCUACCCCUUCCCCUCUGUAACCUUUUUGGGGGGUUUAUUCCUUGGGAUUUCCAGGGUCUCAGUUUCAGUGGAGCGGAUCUUUCCCACCUGGAUUUUUGCUGCAUCAACUUCAAGGUGGCCAAUCUGAGCUGCUGCAACCUGGCCCGUGCCAACCUGUGCUGUGCCAGCCUGGAGAGGGCUGACCUGUCAGGCUCUGUGCUGGAUGGAAGAUGUGCCAACCUGCCAGGGGUGAAGAUGCUGCGCUCCAACGCAGAGGGAGUGUCCCUGAAAGGCUGCAACUCUGAGGACCCCUCAGGCCUUCAAGCUAAUCUGGAAGAUGCCAACCUGAAAGGAGUGGCCAUGGAGGGCAGUCAGAUGACAGGAAUUAACCUCUGAGUUGCAACGCUGAGAAACGCCAAACUAAAGAACUGUAACCUCAGGGGAGCAACGUUGGCAGGAACUGAUUUGGAAAAUUGGGACCUAUCAGGUUGUGACCUCCAGGAAGCCAAUUUGAGGGUUGAUGUGAAAGGAGCCAUCUUUGAAGAGAUACUGCACACGUCCCGGAGCAUCAGAUAG